AUUUUCUUCCUCUCUUCCUCUCCGUAUACCCUUUACCGCCUUUUGCUGCCUCUAUUCCUUCUUUCCGCCUCUUAUCGCCAAUAUUGACUCACCGCCGAUCUCGGACCGACUGUCACUUUUUCUUGAUCCAGAGAGAGAGAAACGCACAAUGUCACAAGAAAGUAGCUCGGGCUCGAGUCACUACAAGGGCUUUGCGGCGGGUGUGUUUUCAGGAAUCGCCAAGCUGAGCGUUGGCCAUCCGUUCGACACGGUCAAGGUCCGUCUACAAACAAGCAAAGAUGCCCAGUUCAAGGGUCCGCUCGACUGUCUCCUGCAGACGAUACGGAAGGAAGGCGUCGCGGGUUUGUACAAGGGGGCCACGCCGCCGCUGGUCGGAUGGAUGGUCAUGGAUUCAGUAAUGCUUGGUUCUUUAACGUUUUAUCGUCGCCUAGUACACGAGAACAUCUUUUCCAAACCUCACCUCCGCGCCCUGAUGCCCUUCUCCAGCCACGAUACCGAUCUGACCUCUCUCCCCACCUUUGGCCAUGGCAUCGCGGGCGUCAUGGCCGGCACGACGGUCAGCUUCGUCGCGGCCCCCGUCGAGCAUGUCAAGGCCCGGUUGCAGAUCCAGUAUGCCGCUGAUAAGAGUCGACGCAUGUACAGUGGGCCGAUCGACUGUAUCAAGAAGAUUUACGCCUCUCACGGUGUGCCAGGCAUCUAUCGCGGCCUCUGCGCAACGAUCAUCUUCCGCUCCUUCUUCUUCUUCUGGUGGGGAUCCUACGACCUCCUGUCCCGCUACAUGAAGAAGAACACUUCGCUAUCGGCCCCCGUCAUCAAUUUCUGGGCCGGCGGCAUCUCCGCCCAGGUCUUCUGGAUAGUCUCGUACCCCUCCGACGUGGUCAAGCAGCGGUUUAUGACAGACCCCCUGGGCGGCAGUCUCGGCGACGGGCAGCGCCAGUUCCGCCGCUGGAAGGACGCUGCAGUGGCCGUCGCAAGGGAGCGCGGGUUCAUGGGCUUUUGGAGAGGCUUUAUCCCUUGUUUCCUGCGCGCGUUUCCCGCCAACGCCAUGGCUCUCGUCGCCUUUGAGGCCGCCAUGCGGGCGUUACCACUUGCCACGAUGGCUGUGGCACGCUCGAUGCGUCGGACCAGUCCCAUCACUCUCUUCCUCGCCGCGUUGCUCGCCUUUGGCUUCCUCUGCUUCCUCCUCACCCCGUCCUCGUCCUCGGCCUCGUCCUCGUCCUCGAGCUCGCAGCAACAGCGUCGCAAGAAUGACGCUGCGACCAACCCGCUCUCCCCGCCGACAAAACCGUUUGUCAAGAGCCAUGCGAAGAAGAACUCCCCCCCGCCCGUCGUGCACUACCAGCUCAACAACCUGACCAGCACCCCGGACUCGAUCGCCAACGGCGAGCGCGUUCUGGUGCUGACCCCGCUUGCGCGCUUCUACCAGGAAUACUGGGACAACCUGGAACAGCUGAACUAUCCGCACGAGCUGAUCUCGCUGGGAUUCAUCAUCCCCAAGAACCGGGAGGGAAACGCCGCCCUGACGGCGCUGGAGGAGGCCAUCGCCCGCACCCAGUCGGGCCAUCUCGAGAACCGGUUCGCCAGCAUCACCAUCCUCCGCCAGGACUUUGCCCCCCCGCUGGCCUCGCAGGACGAAAAGGAAAGACACAAGAUGGAGAACCAGAAGGUGCGUCGCGAGGCAAUGAGCCGCGCCCGCAACAGUCUGCUCUUCACCACCCUCGGCCCCAGCACCUCGUGGGUGCUCUGGCUCGACGCCGACAUCAUCGAGACACCCCCUACCUUAAUCCAGGAUCUAACCUCGCACGACCUGCCGGUCAUCGUCCCGAACUGUUUCCAGCGCUACUACAACUCCGACUCCGGGAAACAGGAUAUCCGCCCCUACGAUUUCAACUCCUGGCGCGACUCCGCCGUCGCCCGUGACCUCGCAAGCACCAUGGGCCCCGACGAGAUCCUCCUAGAGGGCUACGCCGAGAUGCCCACCUAUCGCUCCCUAAUGGCCUACCUCGCCAACACCGAUAGACCCCAGCCCGAGCGCGUCAUUCCCCUCGACGGCGUAGGCGGCACCGCCCUCAUGGUGAAGGCUGAGGUCCAUCGCGACGGCGCCAUGUUCCCCGCCUUCCCCUUCUACCAUCUUGUCGAGACAGAGGGCUUCGCCAAGAUGGCAAGCAGGUUAGGUUACGGCUCGUAUGGUCUGCCGGAUUAUUUUGUAUACCAUUAUAACGAAUGAUGACGCUGCGCGCAUCACUCGCUCUCUUCUCUUCUUUCUCUUCUUUUUUUCUCUCAUCCGGCGUCGAUUUAUAGACUUGCUAAUUUACACCGGUCACAUAGACAAUCUUGUAACCUGUAAGACUGCAGUAAACUACUCCAUGCCGGGGACAAGAAUGUCAAUAAUGUAAUCUCGUCUUCAACUUCAAGUCUUGGUACCCAGUUCAUCAAGACGGACCAUUUCCCUUCUAAGCAGGUGGUCCGGGAAGGAAAAAAAGAAAAUUUAAAGAUCGAGGCAACUUGUUGAUUUAAUCUGAGAUUCAAGUC